AUGCGGCAAGUCUACUUACAUUUCUUGGCCGUGAUCUUGGCAGUUGCAAAACGUUCUCGGCUUGGCCAGAAAGCGCUGGACGUCGAUGAGUUGUUGGCACAUCCAGGAGAAGAGAAGGCAGGCUGUCUACAGUGGCCAGCGUUGAAAGCCGUCCUGAAGAAACUGGGAGUCGAUCCGUCGCAUGUCGCAGAAAAUAUCCAGUGGAAAGGAUGCGAAGUCACGGCGAUCCACCUGAAGUUUCUAGAUGCACCGGGGACCGUGGACGAACAGAUCGGAAAGCUUCGCUCUUUGCGGCACUUCAGCCUCCAAGGCACUAAGACAGGAGGAGACUUAGCCAGUUUCGCAAACAGCCCCCAGCUGCAGCGGCUAGACCUGAAAAACACAAAUGUCUCCGGUGACAUCAGCAGCCUGGAAAACAGCCCCCAGCUGCAGGUGCUGUACCUCAGCAACACACGGGUUUCCGGGGACCUCCGCAGCCUAGCAAACAGCCCCCAGCUGCAAAAGCUGUACCUCAGCACAACACAGGUCUCCGGGGACCUCCGCAGCCUAGCAAACAGCCCCCAGCUGCAGCAGCUGGACCUCGACAACACACAAGUCUCCGGUGACAUCAGCACCCUAGCAAACAGCCCCCAGCUGCAGGUGCUGCUCCUCAGCAACACACAGGUCUCCGGGGACAUCAGCAGCCUAGCAAACAGCCCCCAGCUGCGGCGGCUGGCCCUCGACAACACACAAGUCUCCGGUGACAUCAGCAGCCUAGCAAACAGCUUUCACCUGCAAAAGCUGUACCUCGGCAACACACAGGUCUCCGGGGACCUCCGCAGCCUAGCAAACAGCCCCCAGCUGCAACACCUGGCCCUCGACAACACCCACGUCUCCGGUGACCUCCGCAGCCUAGCAAACUGGCUGCGGUGGCUGGGCCUGAGAAACACCCACGUCUCCGGUGACCUCCGCAGCCUAGCAAACAGCCCCUGGCUGUGGCGGCUGGACCUCACCAACACACGGGUCUCCGGUGACAUCAGCAGCCUGCAAGGCCACAGCAAAAUGAAGGACCUCGCUUUGUCCAACACCUUGGUCUUUGGUGACAUCGGCGUCCUCACCGAGUGGCCAGAAAUCGAGUCGGUGGACCUAUCUUGCACAAUGGCUACUGGGCGGCUUACAACUUCCUGGCGGGGCCGCUGUGCACUUCUGGGGUCCUUGAAGCUAAGCCACAGCCAGGUUGAAUUCUUGCCGACUGCUGAGGAUCAGAUGGAUUUUCAGAUGAUUCACACGCAAGAAAAGAACGCCAUCUUCCCAAAGCUGAGGUUGCUGGACAUAUCUGGAUGUCCUUUGCGGGGCAACGUCAAAGACAUGUUGCAGCCUCUCUUGGCUUCUAGGGUUCUAGCCACGAUCAAGGCUGACGGCUGCGGCCUCCUUGGAAGUCUUCCCCAGCUGGCUCACAUGUCCGCUGUUGUUGACGGGCGCUCUUGGGCUUCUUGGGCUGCUCCUUUGGCGAGGUCCUUGGUGAGUCUGGAUGUGUCGUCCAACGAAAUGUCCUUCAUCGAGGAGAUCCCACAGAGUGUGCAGGCCCUGUUGCUAGCAGACAACCCGUCAGUAGCCUUUGCAGCCGGGGUUCUUGCCAAGGCUGUAUCCGACGGGAUAUUCCUGGACUUGCAGAAUGUCACUUUGGAGAACAAGACUGAGGCCCAAGAGCUCCUGGAAGGGGGUCAGCUCACCCGUACGGACAAGCGCUCCUCGGUGAGCGUCGAAGGUGGAUUCGCAUGUUUCGAGUUCACUUCAAAAGCACUGCAGAUCACGCCGUCGCAGUUUCUGCCGAAGGAGUUGUGCAGCUGUUCUGCUGGUUUCAAUGGUACGGGAGCAGACUGUAAGAAGUGUCCUUCGAACUACUUCAAUGGAGAGUACAACGGAUCUUGCCAGAAGUGUGAGGAAGGAAGCACUGCACCCGAAGGAUCCACAUCAUGCAUCUGCACCGUGGGCGAACGCUACAAUGACAACGGCACGGAGCGCUGUGGAUGUGUUACUGGGGAGGGCUCCAACCGGUCCAAAGAUGGGAAGGAUGAAUGCCUGCCAUGCUACAACUUCCAUUUACGUUGCCCACACCCAGGCAUGUUGCUAUCCUCAGGCCUGCCGGAAGUUGGCCAUGCCCAGCUUCAGGAGAAAGACACCACGGCACGUCCCUGUCUUCCCCCAAAAAACACCAGGUGCAACGUGUCCGCCAAUGCUGCAAGCACUCUCGGCUGCGCAGGUGGCUACAGCGGCAUUCUCUGCUCGGAUUGCGCGGCAGGUUACUAUGCCGCCAGCAAUAUGUGCGAAGUGUGUCCAAGCAGAGAUGCCAUGCCAGAGCUCUUGCACAUCGCCAUAGCUGCGGCCAUUACUUUGACAGUAGCUUCAGUGUUGGCCUUGUGGCUACAGCAGAGAACGCCGGGAGAGGCAAAACUACCCGAAGCAUCUGCGCUAUCUGCGCUCAAAGCGCAGAUCAUGGGGCAGGCGCCCAUCCUAUUGCAAACAUGCCAGGUGUGGGCUGUUCUUGCCGUGCUUGCCAAAGAAGAACGAGAAGAACAAGCGCAGAGUUCAACAUCCUUGUGGGAACUGCCGUAUGUAGAGGUUCUGCAAUUUUCAGUUGCAAGCCUGAAGAAUGGCCUGAACCUACAAUGCCGCUUUGACGCUGCGAGCGUUCGCUUGGCUUCGGCCCUGAUCACGCCGGUCGCUCCGGUUUUGCUUUUGGUUUCCUGCCUUGCUGUGGAAGUCUACAACGGAUCUGGCAUCCGUGCUGCUUUGAAGGUGCUCACGAUGUUGUACAUUGGGGGGGCUUCCGCGACAUCAAAGCUGUUAAGCUGCCAAAGAGCAGACGGCGCAGGCAAUCUCCUCCCGACCGAGCUUACUUUCCGCAAGUCGCUUCCUCACCUUCGUUGCCAUCAUGAUCCUCUUGGACCCUACGUGGAUGCGACAGGCAUGGCCACUGCCUUUUGCUACGGCGUUGUGGUUCCGGGAUGCCUCAUAUACCUGUAUGUCAGACAGCACGUGGUGCUUUUACCAGGCCAGGAGACUGUCGCUUUGGCAGCAGACCAUCGUGAUUUGGAAGUGUGUUUGGUGCAAACAAGAAGCUCUUCACCAGACAAAUUGGCCCUCAAGCAUGCCACGUUCACACGGCGUUUGGUGGCAGCAGCUGCGGCCUACAUCUCCGUACUGAUGCGAGGUCGUGUGACUGUGGAAUUGAAGGAUGACACGGUGAUCGUGAAGCCCAUCGCAGGUGAUUCCUCUCGAAGUGAUGAGCUUCACAGCGCCGGUGCGAUCAGUCUGGUUGCCAAAGUUGACGUUGGCUCCUUGCAGAGCCGAAAACUUGCUGAAGCCAUGAUGGACCGGUGCAUUUUGGAAGAAAACGAAGCAGAGGAGCGAGUCUUGGCAGGCUCCAAAGACAUAUUCCUCAAGUACGCUCGUUGCCGAAAUGUGUACAUGGAAAUCCUGCAGAAAGUUUUCGCCAUCGCGUUGGUGUCAGUGGUAGGCAGUGAAGACGGCGUACAGCUGUCAGUAGCGAUCACUUUGCUGAUGGCCGCAACAAGCGCAAUGGUGCAGCCGUUUUUGCAGCCACAGAUCAACGCUCUCCAAUGCUGCUGCUUUCUGUGCUUGGCUCUGGCGUCAGUGAGCUUCAGCUGUCAAAUGUUUUGGUUGAGUCGCUUCGCCUUGGCGUUGCCUUUCCUGCUCAGCGCCUUCUUAGCCCUCAGGCCCGACAGCACGGAAAGCCUCUCAGUACGCCUCUGGGAGCAGCUGAAGCAGCAGAUUUCGAAGCUGGAAGAUAUCGCCUUUGAGGAUGGCAAAGCGGUGGAGGUCUCCACUUUGCUGGAGCCCAGUGCAAAACGGCGCGGAGGCGCUCGCCGGGGGCUUGGCUCUGGUCCAGGCGCAGAGGAAAAUGAGCUUCGCUUCGGGUGCUACGAAGCCGAGGAGAAGGUUGUGCACGCUCCCGACCAGGAUUCCCUCGACAAGGCUUUUCAACAGAGCACGGAGAUAUCAGCGGGCGUACAGCGAUCCUUGGACAAGCCUUGGACAAGGGAAGGGUGCGAAGUCACGGAGAUCGACCUGGGGAGAUACUGGGAUGUGAACGGGACCCUGGACGAAGAGAUCGGAAAGCUUCCCUCUUUGCGGCACUUGAGUCUCCAAAACACCAAGGCAGCAGGAGAUUUGGCCAGCUUAGAAAACAGCCCCCAGCUGCAGAGGCUGUACCUCGGCAACACACGGGUCUCCGGUGACAUCAGCAGCCUAGCAAGCAGCCCCUGGCUGUGGCGGCUGGACCUCACCAACACACGGGUCUCCGGUGACAUCAGCAGCCUGCAAGGCCACAGCAAAAUGAAGGACCUCGCUUUGUCCAACACCUCGGUCUUUGGUGACAUCGGCGUCCUCACCGAGUGGCCAGAAAUCGAGUCGGUGGACCUAUCUUGCACAAUGGCUACUGGGCGGCUUACAACUUCCUGGCGGGGCCGCUGUGCACUUCUGGGGUCCUUGAAGCUAAGCCACAGCCAGGUUGAAUUCUUGCCGACUGCUGAGGAUCAGAUGGAUUUUCAGAUGAUUCACACGCAAGAAGAGAACGCCAUCUUCCCAAAGCUGAGGUUGCUGGACAUAUCUGGAUGUGCUUUGCGGAGCAACGUCAAAGACAUGUUGCAGCCUCUCUUGGCUUCUGGGGUUCUAGCCACCAUCAAGGCUGACGGCUGCGGCCUCCUUGGAAGUCUUCCCCAGCUGGCUCACAUGUCCGCUGUUGUUGACGGGCGCUCUUGGGCUUCUUGGGCUGCUCCUUUGGCGAGGUCCUUGGUGAGUCUGGAUGUGUCGUCCAACGAAAUGUCCUUCAUCGAGGAGAUCCCACAGAGUGUGCAGGCCCUGUUGCUAGCAGACAACCCGUCAGUAGCCUUUGCAGCCGGGUUCUUGCCAAGGCUGUAUCCGACGGGAUAUUCCUGGACUUGCAGAAUGUCACUUUGGAGAACAAGACUGAGGCCCAAGAGCUCCUGGAAGGGGGUCAGCUCACCCGUACGGACAAGCGCUCCUCGGUGA